UGCGAGUCUAUUCCUCACAGUCUAGAUUUUAUCUGUGUUAUUUUUAACAUGCUGCUGAAGCUGAAUAAUUCAGCUUAAUUUAAUUCAGCAAGUAGAAAUGAAAAAAGGUUUUUUGUAAACCAAGCAGCUUUCUGUGUGUCAAACCAUUGUGAAAUCUGACUGGAAAAAUCUUGCGACCUCACAUGAAAUUCCUGGAUUUCUCCUGAAUCUUUUCAAGUUGGUACAGUAAAUGUGGCUGCAGUUUUAUCUCGUAGUAUAAAUACAUUCUCAGAUAUACUGUACAUCCGUAAUGUCAGCACGAUCCUGAUGUUCCUAUUUCAUAUUAACAGCAACUGCAAAAAUAAAAGUACAAACUAACCCCAAAAAAAAAAAAAAAAAUUGCUAGAGCAUUACAGUGCAGUGUGUUAUAUUUACCGUAGUUUGGCUAUUUUUGGCUGAUGAAAUCCAGUCAUUUUAAUAAGAAUACAUGUAACUGGGAAGUUUCCUGUGCAAAUUUUGUAUGGUUCAAAAGGUCAUGCAAAUUUGCCAGAACGACCAACAGAAGCUCCUUGUUUUGACUUCUGCUCUGUGUAAAACCAUAAUGCGUUACACACUAUAUUAAGAGUAGUAUACUAUUGAAUUGUUUAGAUAGGCAGCUGGAUAGAUUUUGAGACACAGCCAAGGAUUGCAAACUGUUUUACGACUCCAUAUUUAAUCUGGAACCCAUGACACUCGGUAAAGUCGGAUCACAUGAUAGAGCACUUUCCUUUAGCAUGCAUGAGAAUAGCAGAAUGCCAUCCAUUUAUUUCAACACCACACUGCAGCAAAUAAUCAAGCAGGCGGUUGUGCAGGAAUGUGUGUAGAUCUCACUCUCUACCCUCUGGACACCAUAAAGACAAGGUUGCAGAGCCAGCAGGGCUUUUACAAGGCAGGAGGUUUCAGAGGGAUCUAUGCAGGCGUCCCGUCAGCUGCUAUAGGCUCCUUUCCCAAUGCUGCUGCAUUCUUCGUCACCUAUGAAAGCACCAAGUCGUUAUUCACAGGCUACAGUGCUACAAACUUGGCCCCCAUCACUCACAUGCUGGCCGCAUCACUAGGAGAAAUUGUCGCCUGUCUGAUCCGUGUCCCGACUGAAGUAGUAAAGCAGAGGACACAGGCCAAUCCCUCUCUCAAUACCUACAGGGUGCUGCUGAAUACACUACAAGAAGAGGGUUUCAGAGGCUUGUACAGAGGUUAUGGCAGUACAGUACUUAGGGAGAUCCCAUUCUCGCUGGUUCAGUUUCCACUCUGGGAGUACCUAAAGGCCGUGUGGUGGAGGAGGCAGGGGGGACGGCUGGACUCUUGGCAGGCGGCAGUGUGCGGAGCUCUUGCAGGCGGAGUAGCAGCGUUCGUCACGACUCCGCUAGAUGUUGCGAAGACUUGGAUAAUGUUGGCUAAGGCUGGGACCAGCACAGCCAGUGGAAACAUCCCAGAGGUUUUGUAUGAGGUGUGGAGGAGCCGAGGAAUACCUGGGCUGUUUGCCGGCAGCAUCCCCAGACUGACGUUCAUCAGCAUGGGAGGCUUCAUUUUCCUCGGAGCGUAUGAGAAAGUGCGCCGUACGCUUUUAUAAACACCAUCAGCACGGGACGCUGUGGACCGGUUUGUAUUGCACUGGUUUCUUCAACCAGACCAGGAGCAAACCGCAAACUACAGAUCAGUGGAGGUCGGUCAAAUCUGACUGAGAAACGCACCCUCUGUACCAGUCUUGAGGGCCACGGCGAGAACACCUGGUGCCUGGAUAAAAAGAUCACACAACACAGUGGUUUGCAUUCCUGCUCUCCAGUGCACAACAGAUUGAGUUGAACUGCCUGAAUUCCACUUAUGUUGCAAGACAGAUCAAAUUCAAACUUGAUAGCAAGCUUACAUGGAUUUGCUAAAAAAGUAAUUUUACGGCUGUUUGUAUUAAAAUAUGACUGUGCUGGUAUUUAUCUACUGAGCUCAUCAGUAACAAAGUUUAAAUGUGUUACCAAUAUUAUUCCAGUGGAUUAUCAUUACAUGUUGAGUCUAGACUUUGAUCCCCAAGCUUGCUCUACCUGCUCCACUAUUAUUGGCUGAAAAAGACAGAUUAGUCCACAGGUGUGAAUGUUUGUCAGACCUGUCAAGAAGUGUGGGGCACAAGAACAACACCGAGCAUUUGUCUCCAGCCCUGCAGCUCUUAGUCAACAACCACCUUUCACUGGAAUGUGCUUCCUGUCCAAACACACAACUCAAACAAUACUGAUGAACGAGUGAAGAGCAACGCUGUCGUUUACUUGGUAAAUGUAUAUCACAAAGGUCCACUGAAAUAAUAACAGGGUUGCAAAUUUAGCUAAACAUUAAAUUGUUACUCCACUCCUUCAGAAA